AUGUCGGCGAAGUCGAUUCUUGAGGCCGAUGGCAAGGCCAUCCUCAACUACCACCUCACCCGCUCCAAGCCCAUCAAGCCCAGCCCUCUCGCCGCUCCCACCAAGCACAACCCUCCCCCAGCCAAGCCCGACAUGCUUAUCAAGCGACGAGGAAAGAGCGGCCUCCUUGCCCUAAACAAGACCUGGGCCGAGGCCAGGGCCUGGGUUGCCGCGCGCGCCGGCACGGAGCAGCAGGUCGAGCACGUCUCUGGUGUCCUUCGCAACUUCUUGGUCGAGCCCUUCGUGAGGCACGAGCAAGACCAGGAGUAUUACAUUUGCAUAAACUCCGUCCGUGAUGGCGACUGGAUCCUCUUCACUCACGAGGGUGGUGUCGAUGUUGGUGACGUCGAUGAGAAGGCUGAGAAGCUUCUCAUCCCCGUCGACCUCUCACAAUACCCUUCCAACAGGGAAAUCGCCGAGGGUCUCCUCAAGCACGUCCCCGAGGGUGUCCACAAGGUCCUCGUCGACUUCAUCACCCGUCUUUACGGCGUCUAUGUUGACUGCCAAUUCACAUAUCUCGAGAUUAACCCCCUCGUUGUCAUCCCCAAUGCAGAGGGUACCUCAGCCGCCGUCCACUUCCUCGAUCUCGCUGCCAAGUUGGAUCAGACUGCCGACUUCGAGUGCGGUGUUAAGUGGGCUAUUGCGAGGUCGCCUGCCGCUCUUGGCCUCACCAACGUUGCUCCUGCGGGUGACAAGGUGAACAUUGAUGCGGGCCCUCCCAUGGAGUUCCCUGCCCCCUUUGGUCGUGAGCUCACCAAGGAGGAGGCGUACAUCGCCGAGCUUGAUGCCAAGACUGGCGCCUCUCUUAAGCUCACCGUCCUGAACCCUGCUGGCCGUAUCUGGACCCUCGUCGCCGGUGGUGGUGCCUCGGUCGUUUACGCCGAUGCCAUCGCCUCCGCCGGCUUCGCCGACGAGCUCGCCAACUAUGGUGAGUACUCGGGUGCGCCUACCGAGUCUCAGACCUAUCACUACGCCCGCACUGUUCUCGACCUCAUGCUCAGGGCGCCCAUGUCCGACAAGGGCAAGGUUCUCUUCAUCGGUGGUGGUAUUGCCAACUUCACCAACGUUGCCAGCACCUUCAAGGGUCUCAUCCGCGCCCUUCGGGAUUUUGCUCCCCAGCUUAUCGAGCACAAUGUCCAGAUCUGGGUCCGUCGUGCCGGCCCCAACUACCAGGAGGGUCUUAAGAACCUCAAGGCCGCUACCCAAGAACUGGGACUCAACGCCAGGGUGUUCGGUCCCGAGAUGCACGUGUCUGGCAUCGUCCCCCUUGCCCUCGUCCCCGGCAGGUGGGAGGAGAACCAGGUUCCCGAGUUCCAGGGUUAA